AUGACGCCUCAUUCUACAUUUUUCAAAAUAGUAACGCUACAAGGAGAAGGUGAAGAAGAAAAGGAAGACAACAUGAUUUUAGUGUCUCUUGGACUUUUACUUUGUGCUGUGGGUAUUCUCAAGCUCCACCGUCUCUCACCCAUCGUUACAAAACAAGAUGAUUACCCGGCUCAUCCCCACGCCACGUCGUCAGUGAAAAACAAACUACCAGACUUCCGAGUGUUAACUGAGUCUCAACCGGACACCAUAUUCGCGGCGUGUGAAACGUGGUUGGACUGCUCUGUCUAUGACAGCCAGCUUGUGGACUUGGCCCACUUCAAAAUCUUCAGGAAAGAUCGGAACAAAUCUGGAGGUGGAGUACUGCUCGCUGUUCCUUCACAUUUCAAAUGCACUAGACGACUCGACCUGGAACAACAUGGCCUGGAGGCAGUAUUCGUAGAUCUCCACAGAAAAGGUGGUUUACUACACCUGUGUGUUGUCUACUGCCCACCUGGCAACAAAGUAGAAGCCUAUGAUUACCUGCACAAGUCGCUAACUGCACUUUUACACCUGGACAAACGGUAUGCAAACAUAUGUGUCGUUGGGGACUAUAAUGCACAUGUCAACUGGUCCGACCCCACCACUCCAGUGCCUGCUGACCCGCAAGAUGACCUCCUUCUUAACGGAAUGGAAUCUCUUGGGUUGACUCAAAUGUGCCUCGAACCAAGCUACACACCCAACGGGAAACGUGACUCGUUCCUUGACCUUAUCUUCGUAUCAAACCCCACACUUAUCGCAAAUUGCUUUGCAGAAACCAGCCUAGCCGGCUGCGAUCACAGGGCCAUCGUGACGGAAACCUAUAUGAACUUCCCGAAAUCAGGCAUUCAUAGCAAACAACUAAAACGCUUUGCUGAGAUCGACCUCAAGCACCUCAACUCGCUUCUCCACCUCGCUCCGUGGGGAAUGGUUUUCCAGGAAGACAACACCGAAAAUGCCUACAAUCUUUGGCUGGAUUUUAUGCAUGCCAUCGAGACGGAGUGCGUCCCAGCAGUCUGGAGGAGGAACAAAAGCCGUGCCCCCUGGAUCACGAAAGAAAUCUUGCACCUAGCCCGCCAAAAACGUCAGCUGUUUGCCAGAGCCAAGAACAACAGAUGCGCCGCUACGCUCAGCGCUGCCCAUGCUGCACAAAGAGGCCUGAAGAAGAUGAUCCGGAAGUCUCACCAGAACUAUGCCCUCAGUGUUGCAGAACGUGCCUUCAAAGAACCGAAGGUGUUUUGGGCAUAUUCUGGACACCACCUCUACCAGAUCAACAGCUCCAACUUUGCCCAGUCUCGGAUACUCCAGCUGACAAAGUCCAACUCGCUCUGA